UUUAGACAUUUUUUUCCUAUGCUUCAGAAAUACAGAAAAAGUGGUUUUGCUUGUUUUAAAUUUUAUUUAUUUUUAUAUGUGAGAAAAUCGAAUAGAACAUCUAUUUUAAUCUUUGAAGGUUCAGACCUUCCACCCCAUUCUGUUGCUAAUACUGCAGCCGUACCAGCUUUUGGGCCUUUUGAAGGCGGCCAAUUUUCAAGUGCCGCCAAACCCAAUUUUCUUCCAACAUUUACAACAGAAACAAUUGGAAAUUUUCAAGUUUUGAGUGAAAAAUUAGUCGAAAAAAAAGAAGAAAAUAAUUUGGAAGGGAAAAAGAGUACACAAGAAGAAGAAGAAUUUUUGGCAUUUUUAGAAAGUUGUUAUUAUAAUAAACAAACUGAACAACAAUUAAAUAUUGAGGAGGAAAAAGUUGGGAAAGAAAUACAACAAAAACAAUCUUUACCUAUUUCUUUAUUUGAACAAGAAAAAGAAAAUACUGUACAAAAACAAAAUUUAGAUUUACUAAAAACAACAACGGAAGAAAAACAAAAAUUUAUUUCACUAACCGCGCAUUCAAAAAGCAACGGUAAUAACAACAACAAAAAUAGUAAUCCUUCACCUUUGCAUUUUAACUGCGUGGAAGUGAAACAAAAUAAAUUUAUUAGUGCAAUUGAAUUAAAUACAAAAAGUUCGAAUAACGAAAGUGGGGACAACACCGCAGAAAGCGGUGGAGGUGGAAGUUCCCCGGAAGAGAAGGGAAAGGAGGAGAAAGAUAUUUUUGAUAGACAACAGAUUUCCCCUUCUGCUAUUGCAGCUGAAGUUCAACGGGUCAGUAUUGAUGAUAAAAAAGAAGAAAAACAAAAAACUUUUAAAAUUAUUUCUAAUGAAAAUAAACAAAAAUUGGAAAUGGAAAAAGAAGAAGAAAAACAACAACAACAGCAACAACAAAAGUGCAAUCCAAUUGAAACUCAGGGAAUUGGUCGAUUUGAAGGAAGAACGGGUAUUAGAACAUUACGGAAAUAUCCAGCUGUUGAAGAAGAAGAACAUUCAGUACUUUCUUUAUUUGAACAACAACAACAAUCUUCUUCAUCUUCUGAACAUUCUAAAUUCCAAUCACAACAACCCCAAUUUACUCAUCAACAAACAUCUUCAGCUAUUUCCCCACCAUUAUCGUCUUUUGUUCCUUCGCCAACAGCUGCUGCCCUUCAGUUAGCAUUACUUCACCAUCAUCAUAAUCAACAACAACACCACCACCAAAUCCCUUCCCCUUUAGCUAUUUCAAUCCCCGGAAUUACAGAAACACAACCAACAACAAAUACAAGGACAAUAAUUAAACAAGAAUGUGAAGAACAAAUAAAUAGAGAAGAAUUAUUUUCAACAUUACUUCAACAACAACAACAAUUAAAUCAAGAACAAAUUUCAGCAGCUAGUUGUUCUCCUUCUUGGAUUAAUACUAAUUUAUCUGUAAAUACUACACAACAACAACAACAAGCUGUGAAUGUUUUGGCUAAUUUAAUUGGACAUAUCCAACAACAAAAACAAAAUUUACUAGACCAACAACAACCUUUAUAUAUUGAAAGUCAACAACAACAUUUAAAUACUUCCUCCUCCUCCAUUUCCUCUUCAAUUUCUGCCCCAACUUCUCGUUUAGCUGCCAUCCAAGAAGAACAAAUUAAUUUACAAUUACAACAACAAUCAAUUGGAGAUAAUAUUGGGGAUAUUAAUAAUAUUUUUGAGAGAAAUCAAUCAACAGAGUCUACAGCAAGUACUAGUGGAGUAAAGCUUUCAAUAACCACCAAUGUUGAACCAAUCCCUCGAAAACAAGAUAUUCAAACAGAUAUUCGGAUGAAUCGUGGUCGAUUUAAAUUAGUUAGAAAACGGGGGCGUUCUGAAGUUUGGAAUUUAUUUGGGCAAGUUGUGGAUACAUUAACAAAUGCUAGAUUACCUUAUGUUGCUUGUUAUGCAUGUAAAGUACUUUAUACGGACACGGGGGGCGGUACUGGGAAUAUGACAAGACACAGAUGUUCGAUGGGUUCUAGCUAUAGAAAUUCUGUUAGACGGUGA